AACAUCAAUUGUAAGCAACAAAUCACAGACAUGAAAUUCUUUGUUUUGUUUUUAACUGUGUCCGCUGUCACAGGUUCGCCUUUAACUGAAGAAAGUUCUCAAUAUCGCUUUAAAAGAAGGAUUACUGCUGACCUAACUGAGUUUCCGUACCAUGUUCAACUGGUGUACAAAUAUAAAGUACCCUUAAUUACAAGAUGUAGUGGGGUUAUAAUUUCCGAAAACUUAGUAGUGACUACUGCCAACUGCGUUAGUAUGUCACCUACGGCAAUAAUUACUGGUAUUCAGCAAAUGGAUGAAAUUUCGCCUUUUAGACAAAUGGGAAAAGUAAAAAAGGUGAAGAUUCACCCCUCAUACAGUAGUAUUACCGGAACUUACAACAUUGCAUUAAUAAUGCUCGAAUUUCCCUUAACAUUCAACUCAGCUGUAAAUAAAGUUGAACUACCGCCAACUUCGUAUAAACCAAACAACACUGCGAAACAAAUAGCAUGGGCACGGCAAUCAUUAUCUCUUAAAUACACAUUAGAAGUUACGGGCAAACAAAUAUCCAACUGCAAUUCCAGAAUGAUUUCGGUCAACCUACUGCAAUUACUUAGAGCAUUGGUAGAAGGUGAUCAUGUGUUGUGUGCAAAAGGGGAAAGUCCAUUAUCAGAGUGCCACAAAUUUUCUGGAGAACCGUUGGUACAAGAUAAAUAUCUUAUCGGAUUAUCCAUCACUGGUUUUGAAAAAUGUAAAGUAAUUGCUUCUACCUCAGUUUACACCAAUGUAGCAAAGUAUGUCGGUUGGUUAACGUCAGAAAUGGGAUCAUGUUCUCCGAAUUCAAAAGAAAGCACAGAAUCGCCUACAGGAUUCACAACCGCAUCUUCUGUGGUGUAACGUCUCCUUCUCAAGUAACAGCAAAGUAAUCUGCCCAAUUACCUGAAGAUUAACCAUUAAUUGUUUAUUAUUGAAGAUUCCUUUUGUAUAAUAGAUACGAUUACGGUUAGUACAAUUUGUAAGGAGGGUCUACGAUCAUUGGGUAAUUUAGCACUUAUUAAGGGCAUGUUGUUAUAAAAUAAAUUACUUACUUAACUUU